GACAACCACAAUACUGUCAGUCGCGAUAUUUUCUCAAGCCUUGUUAGUGAGGUCUUUGGUUUCUCAGCUUUAUUUUCAGUAAAUAGUCAUUUAGUGAGUGUGAAAUCAUGGAAAUUCCGUUGCUGAAUCUCGAGUCCUUUUUGUGUAAUGAAAAUGGUUACUUGGAAUUGCUACAAAAUCCGACGAACUGGCAGAAAAUACCAUUUCUCAACCAUGCACCCUUACACGAACUGAAGGACCUGUCGCUAGUGCGUUUUCGCGGAAUGAUUCAAGAUAUGUGUGACCCAGAAAUCUACCUGGAGAAGUACGAAGUCCGAGACAAAAACUCUGGAAGCUCUCGAAUUCAACAAGGUAAAUAUCGGGACUGCCUCGCGGUGGGACCGCACGAGGAAGCUGACUUGACUUCGAACCAGAAUGUUCACGGAGACCGAAGAACAAUAUUUGUGAUAACCGUCCCAGGACUGAAUGACUGGGCCGUCAGCCACGAACGAAGCGUUAGUGAAGUGGCAAUCCAGAAACCGAACAACGAAGCAGUGAACGGGCAUGGUCAGAAACGAUCAUUGGAUGACGAAACUGAAAAUAUGGAAGUGGAGCCUGAGGAGAGGAAAACAGUGAAGCGACUGUGCAACGAACAGUCUCCAAUGCGGAAUUCCGGAGCGACGUCCGAUAACCUGUUGUCCUCGGAAUAUCUUCUAAAUUCCCCCCUGCCCGAUCGGCCCAGCAAGGCAUGCAUGGUGAAGCUCUACUCGGAUUUCGACAAGUUCCCGUUGAACAGCAUUGUGGACGUUGUUGGGUUCCUGUCCGUCGAUCCGGCUCUCGAUGGAUCUAACCACCAAAUAGAAGAUUUUGAGGAAAUGAGCGAAGUACAAGCAGCCAACCCGCCACCGUCACUGAUUCCCAGACUGCACGCUAUUCUCGUUAAACCGCUGGACCACGUCAAUCCUCUUUUGGAUGAAUCUUUACAGCCAGUCGUUGAUCUAGACCAAACCGCUGAGGUUAUUCGGAAGGAUUUGCACAUUAUCCUAACGCAAUGCCUUUUUGGAGACCCGGUGGCUGCAGAGUUCUUGUUACUACAUUUAAUAUCUAAUGUAUUUCUUCGAACAGAUAUGCAGACACUUGGUCAGUUCAGUCUGAACAUUUGCGGUCUCCCAACAGGUCACCCUCCCGGCUACACGACUGCUUUGUACGAUAUUAUUCAGUCACUACUCCCAGCAAGCCAUUACUUCCCGAUGACGCUUGAAAAUAUGAACACUCAUCAGUUCCUUCCAAAAAAAGAUUAUAAAACGAAUAAACUGGUGAGUGGCUUGCUACAACUCGCCCCACACACGCAUUUAAUCUUGGACGAGACUCGGCUCGAACCAGGGAAGUUGGAAAAUAAUGGAGUCCGCGGAGUUCAAAGCUUGGCUGAUCUCAUCAAGUCGCAACAGAUCAAAGCGAAUUUCGAAUUCUUUGAAAUGCAAUACGACAUGAAUAUUCCAGUGUUGACAUUGAGUGAGGGAAGGAGUAUGUUGCCGUGCGACUUUCAAAUUCCUCUCAAAGAUCAAAUGGCUGGCGACACUUUCAUUGAAGAGACUCUCAAGGCCGCGAAGCAUUAUCUUGAGCCGAAGUUGAAUGCAAUUCGCAAAUAUCUAACAACAGCGAAACUAGUCCAAUUUAACAUUGAUCCUGAGACUACGCAAAUGAUCGAACAGGACUUUGUGGACAUGCGCAAGGCAGAUCAGCGGUUUGGCCCGGAUCAACUGAGUUCCCUCCUGAUACUGGCAAGAUUGCUGGCAGCAGCCAGAGGGAGGAAUAUGCUUGACAAAGAAUUAUGGAAUCUGGCAAAGUCUCUGCAAGCUGAACAACAAUCACGUCUUGAACAGUUGCCCAAAAGGAGAUGAUUAGGUGUAAGUUGUUUGUACAUGUUAUUUGUGUAGUUGUUAGGGUUUAUCCUAAAUAUAAGUUAUUUUUUGUA